CCCAAUAGGGUAAGAAAUGCACUCCUGGUGGGUUGAUUAUUUAUGUGUUUGUCUUUGACCACUUUUGACUCUAAUGAAGACACUAAUCUUGAAACGUUAGUGUUUUUCCACAAUUAAAGGCUGCAAAGUCCCUUUUUUCUCUGGGAAGUUUGCUGUCCAGACACUUGAUUCAGCUUCAUGCUGCUGGAAGAUGCGAGGAGAAGCCUGCAGGAGAUGUCCGACGUGUGGAGGUUUUGGAAUUGUUUAAAGGCACUUUUGACGGAGUUCGGCAUGCAGCAGUAUAACAGAGCAGUAAAUCAGUGUCUGUGUGAUGGUUGAUGGGCGGCUCUGCUCGUCUCGCUGCCCGCCCUGUGGGUGUGUUUAAGAUGGGCCUCUGCAUCCACCUGCUCGCUGCGCUGCCUCCUCUACAGUCAGGAGCGUCUAACUUUCCUGAAGGAGAAACACGCUGCGUGUCUGGACCUCUCUAACAAACACCACGGAGGGACUUUGCUUUCUUUUUCUUCACACGAGAUGUUCAUUGUGCUCGUGCGACGACAGUAGCUCCUCGCCUCGCGGAUCUCGAGCAAGAUUGAACUAGAGAAACAUUUUAUUUUUAUUUUCUUAUUGAGGAACUCCGGGGCCAAAAUACGCACACCGUGCGCACAGGUAGAGGACUGUCCAGCUCCACCAGCACCACCACCGGGAUUUUCUAUUGUUAUUAUUGAUUUCAACUUGGAGACGAAAGUGAUCGAUCUGUUGGAAUUGGUUUGUUCAAUGACUUGCAAGGUUGGAUCUGAACUUCUAUUCGGAAAGCUGUAACAAUAAGAGAUUUUUUUUAAUAAACGCUCUUCGUGUGCCGCUGGAGGUUGGUCCACCAUGCAGCUGGACGGUCUGUGGACGGUCCACGCCCUCCUGGCACUGUCCGGCAUCGUUCUCGGGAACCCGCUGAUCAUCGACCCGUUGGCCGCGCCCCGCGUCUUCAUCUCCUUCAAAGAGCUGAGAUCCACCGGUACGGCUCAUCACUUCGCCUACCUCCUCAACACGUCCGACUACCGGAUCCUGCGUAUGGACGAGGACCAUGACCGCAUGUACGUCGGCAGCAAGGACCACAUCCUGUCCCUGGACCUCCAUGACAUCAACAAGGACCCACAUAUCAUCCACUGGCCAGUGUCCGAACGGAGAAGGAUGGAGUGCCUUGUGAGCGGGAAGGACGCCAAUGAGGAGUGUGCGAACUUCAUCCGUCUGGUGGAGCCGUGGAACCGGACUCAGCUGUACAUCUGCGGGACCGGAGCUUACAAUCCAGUCUGCACCUUCGUCAACCGCGGACGCAAACCUCAGACGUCCAUGUAUCUGCAGAUGGCCCAGGCCAGAGGAAGGGCUAGCCGCGCAGCUGAACCCAGCGCGGUGCACGAGACACUUGGACUAAAGGAAGAAAUCUUCCAUUUGGAGCCGGGCAAAGUGGAAUCUGGGAAGGGAAAGUGCUCCUACGACCCGAAUCUCAACAGCGUGUCAGCUUUGAUCAAUGGUGAGCUGUACGCCGGGGUGUAUGUUGACUUUAUGGGAACGGACUCGGCCAUUUUCCGUACUUUGGGGACGAAGACUGCCAUGCGAACAGAUCAGUACAACUCCAGAUGGUUAAAUGACCCGACUUUCAUCCACAUACACCUCAUCCCCGACAGCGCGGAGAGAAAUGACGACAAGCUGUAUUUCUUCUUCCGGGAGAAGUCCUCCGAGAUGGGCCAGAGUCCUGUGACCCAGUCCCGUAUCGGACGCAUCUGCCUGAACGAUGACGGAGGCCACUGCUGUCUGGUGAACAAGUGGAGCACCUUCCUGAAGGCCCGGCUCAUCUGCUCGGUGCCGGGGGCCGACGGUAUGGAGACGCACUUCGACGAGCUCCGAGAUGUUUACAUACAGCCAACACAGGACACCAAAAAUCCUGUCAUAUAUGGCGUCUUCUCUGUCUCCAGCUCCGUCUUCAAAGGCUCAGCAGUGUGCGUCUACUCCAUGGCUGACAUCCGCAUGGUCUUCAACGGACCCUUCGCCCACAAGGAGGGUCCCAAUUACCAGUGGGUGGCCUACACUGGGAAGAUCCCCUACCCUCGACCCGGCACGUGCCCUGGAGGUACGUUCACCCCCAACAUGAAGUCCACGAAGGACUAUCCAGAUGAAGUCAUUAACUUCAUGAGGAAUCACCCUGCCAUGUACAACGCCGUGUACCCAGUACACAAGCGCCCCCUGGUGGUUCGGACCAACGUGGACUAUGAGUUCACCACCAUCACUGUGGACCAGGUUACAGCUGCAGACGGCAACUAUGAAGUGCUCUUCUUAGGAACUGACAAGGGAACAGUUCAGAAAGUCAUCGUUCUGCCCAGAGAUGACCUGCAGACCGAGGAGCUGGUCCUUGAGGAGGUAGAGGUUUUCAAGGUCCCUACUCCGAUUACAACAAUGAAGAUCUCAUCCAAAAGACAACAGCUGUACGUGUCGUCUGCGAUAGGGCUGACCCAGCUGGCUCUUCACCGGUGCGAUGUGUACGGCGAGGCCUGCGCCGACUGCUGCCUGGCCAGAGACCCUUACUGCGCCUGGGAUGGCAAGUCCUGCUCCCGUUACUCCGCCUCGCAGAAGAGACGUAGCCGGCGGCAGGACGUCAAGUACGGGAACCCCAUCCGCCAAUGCCGAGGCUUCAACUCCAACACCAAUAAGAACACUCUGGAGAUGGUGCAGUACGGCGUGGAGGGGAGCAGCACCUUCCUGGAGUGUCAGGCCCGCUCUCCACACGCUCUCAUCAAAUGGCAUCUGCAGAGAGAUAACAGCGACCGCAGGAAAGAGAUGCGUUCUGACGGUCGGAUUAUGAAGACGGAGCAAGGUCUCCUCCUGCGGUCCCUGCAGCCCUCCGACUCCGGCAUGUACCAGUGCACGGCCACGGAGAAGAACUUCAAACACACGCUGGUCAAGCUGCAGUUGGUGGUGCUGUCGAGCCGCGCCGUCAACAACGUGCUGGUGGAGGGCGGAGGGGGGCUGGUGCCGUCCUCUCUCCACUCCAGCAGCACCCAGUGGACCCCCAGCGCAGGCCAGUACAAGGACCUGCUGACCAUCCUGAGCCAGCCAGAGAUGAGCCUGAUCAAUCAGUACUGCCAGGACUACUGGCAGUUCGGAGACCCACUGCUGGGCGCCCUCAAGGCCAAAGACCUGAAGGAGCUCAAGGAGCAGAAGAAGCCCCGCAACCGCCGGCAUCACGGUGAGGGGGAGGAGGAAGAGGAGGAGGAGGAGGAGGAGGUAGAGACAUGAGGAGCCCAGCUUUGUGUCUGAAACACCCUCAACCACCUUCCCCCGCCCCCCCACCCUGUGAAAACUGGGAGAGACUCAUUGAGAGUAGCAAACGUGAAAAAAAAUCCACAAACCGAAAAAAGAGCAAACUGAGAAAAAAGAGGCUUCCAAACAAAAACCCCACAUACAUCCUCUCAAGCAGUAAGAUAUAUGAUACACAGUAUUUAUUGUAGGUUGUAUAUAGUAUCAUUCUGUGGAUUUCUUUGUACUUAUAGAAAAAAAAACAUGCUCUUUGUGUAUAGGUACCUUUGGGGCAAAUAUUAUUGUUAUUAUUGAUGUUGUUAAUUUUAUUGUUGCUGUUACUGUCAUUACAAAACUCAUCUGUCAGCAUCAUAUGACCUUGGCGACUGUUUGGAAUGUGUUAUCAGGCGUGUAAGCUGUUGGGAGCGAGCUAUGAGAAGCUCUAACGGGGGAAAUGAGUUGUUGAUAAGAGGUGACGGGAUCUCUGUUGUUUUCUUGCUUGCUUUGACUCGAUGCCAGGGCUCUUUUAUUUCGGGACACUCCAGGAACGCCUGUGACGCAACCCCCCUCGUGGCUGCAUGCGGACAGAGACUUAAUAUUGCGAAAGGGACCAUCGACACAUGGUCCCAGUUAUUGUGGGGAAACAGUCCUUUCUCCAUGGGAACCCAGACGGACAGAUGAAAUAUUCUCACUGGUGUAAUUGAGCCUUUUAAUAGGACAUUUAAUAGGAAACUGAUGCUUGUCGCCCCGCUUCUAUUUCCUUCCUGAUCGGAGGAUUGAUUGUAAAAAUGAUGCAGCGUCUUCGCUGCUUUUCAGCCCAGAUACUAAUCCUGACAAUUGGAAUCUCAACUGUACUCUACUCUGAGUAACCGUCAGCUUCUACUGACCAUGAAUUCAAGUUUAAACAAAACUCGGCCAAAACAUAGUAUAUGGCUGGACUCAGUGGUCAAGUCUAUAAUGUUAAAUCCAGCGUUCCACUAGGUCCGGCGAGGACACUACAGGACAUGCUGCUCCACUCAACUGGACGCUCAAAUGGUGACAUACCCGAUUGUUGAAUGCACCUGGUUUUCUGCUUGCUGUUUCAAACAGGAAACAACAUGGCGGUCUGCUCAUAAACUUUCUGUUAUUCCGUCUAAACAAUUCGCCAAAAUCUACUUCUGAAAACAUUUUAAGUGAGAAACAGGCAAUACCACUGCUGAAUCUGGUUUCAUUUUAGAACUAGAUUGCCUAGAUUGACAGCUUGGUCCAAGUUUAGUGAUACGGACACGUCGUGCUGGACAAGCUCAUUUGCAUAAAGGACUGUUCCCACCUUUUCAUUUUGACAGAGCAAGAGCACAGUCGGCUGACCAAUCGUUUAACUUCACUCAGUGACUUUUGCGUUUGUAGGGCUGGCCCUCUGCAGUCCGGCCAAAAAAGGAUACAUAAAUGAAAGAAGCAAGCAUCAGAUCAGUUUUUAUUAAAUCUAUUAGGAUAUAUGGGUUCUUUUCAAAUGCAAACAUCCUUUGAACUGAGAUCGAGGUGCAAUAAAGGGUCAAGGUUUUUGCACAAAGGGCAUUAUUCUUUUACUUUCAGGGGACAUUGGCUGGGGCCAAAUGCAACAAGCACACAAGUUAUAGUUGACAAUUGAAGAUGAAAGCGGUGCCCAGAUCAGGCAGCAGCUCUGAGCACUCGAGACAUCUUUUGUUCCUUCUUCCUCUGACAUUCAUAUGUGGAAAAAAAAUAUAUAAUUGCCCAUAUACACAACAGAGCAUUGUAACAAUGUUGUGACACUAACCAAAAUAUUGGGAAGCUGGCUUUCAUUGUGUGCAUGAACCUGUAUUUGUACUGUAAUUCUGAUAAGAUACUGUGUGGUUGUUUUUUUUUUUUCUUUCUGUUUUUCAUCUCUAGGGGUGUACAGUAUGGUCUCUGAGGGACAAAUGCUUUAAAGAUGCCCUCA